CUCUUUUAGUAAACUUGAUAUCACUGUUGGAACUACAUGUCAAAUGAUUUAUAUCAUAAUAACUGGUACAGGUAUCCUAAAAAGGCCUCAAAUUACUGAAAAUAAUGACGACAAUGAAGCCUUUUCCUUGGGAUUCUAAGUACUUCAAUAAUGUUGAAGACUUGCUUAAUAAGGAAGAAAAACUUAUACUUAACCAGAUAAAAUCCAUAUUUCCAGACAGAUUACCUCGGUAUAUUAUUCAUUCAAUUAAACAUCCCGAUCACUUUGAAUUUACUGGAAAUGAUCUAUUAACACAUUGCGUUGACGACAUUUUGAACUUUCGAACGGGAAAUGAAUUGGACUCGUUUGAUUUGAAGGCGGAAAGAAUGGACUAUGUAAUAAAGCAUCGAGUAUGCUCAGAAUUUACAGGAGGAGAUAUCUUGGAGAUUCCAAGUACAAGCCAUAACAAACCAGAUGCUUCAAAUCAACUUAUUCCUGGUCACGAUAGUCAAAUUUUAACGGCAGAAGAAGUAUAUAAUGAACUCUCAAAUAUUUUCAUUGAAGUGGACCCGGAAUAUCUUAUGAAAACGAUUAAUAAUUAUAACGAACAAAGUCUUAAUGAAAAUACGGUUAAUGAUAUUUGUGACUAUCUACUGUCAAACACUUACCCGAAAAAACCAAAGAAGAAACACGGAUCAUACGGUCAAGAAAAUGAAACUCCCGUUGAAACUGUUGAUAGCGACGUGAUCUUUAGGAGUUUUACUUUUGAAUUUCCCCAAUUAAGGUCUGGACCGCUAAAAGAGAUACUACUAGCAUUUAACAAUGACUACGCUUUAGCCCGAGCUUGUCUGACAAAAGAGCUGAAGGAAGUAAACCUCAUGUAUAGAAAGAAAACCUUUGAAGUCGAAGGCAAACCUUUCUUUUCUGUGCUAAUUGAAGGUACCUCAACGCUACCAGUUAUAACUAUACCUCUACCCAACGGGAAAAUCAGCAGAAUACAUUUUUUGAAACGCUCUCGAAGAUUUAGUCGAGAACAUUAUAUGAAUCUACCACAUCAUUUUGAAAAAAUAUUACAAAGUGAUACAGAUGUAUUUAAGGCCGAAACCGCGAAAGCUGAAAGUGAAAAAAAUCAAUUAGAUGAUAACCAUGACUUUUUAGAAGAUGACAGUGAACCAGUUGAAUGUGGAUGCUGCUUUAGUGAUAUAGCUUUUAGGGAUAUGAUUCAAUGUGCUGAUGGACAUUUGUUUUGUAAAGAUUGCUUAAGAAACUAUGCCAAAGAAGCAAUUUUUGGAGGCGGUGGUCAAAGUAUUUUACAAUGUAUGAAUGCAGAAUGUGAUUGCCAGUUUCCCCAUCAACUCCUUCAAACAACUCUCGACCAAAAAACUUUGGAAAAAAUGGACGAGCGACAAUUUUUAGAAAAUAUUACUAAAGCCAAAAUUUCUAACCUUCACUCUUGUCCAUUCUGCAACUACAAAGUAAUUGUGCCCGAAAAUAAUAAGGUUCUUGAAUGUGAGAGAUGUGAAAGAGGAUCGUGUAUCUAUUGUCGAGAAGAGUGGGAUGAUCACUUUGGAAAGCCCUGUCAUGAAAUUGAAAAGUCUGAUGAGGCUUCGCUUAGAAAAAAAUUCGAAGAAGAAAUGACACAAGCUAAAGUACGUAAAUGUUAUCAAUGUGGAACAAGCUUAAUCAAAUCUGAAGGCUGCAACAAAAUGACUUGCCGGUGUGGAGCAAAAUUUUGCUACGUUUGUCGAUCCAAAAUUAAAAGCUACGAUCACUUUUGUAACCAUCCGAGGGAUCCAAAUAUUAAAAGAUGUCUGAAAUGCACUAAGUGUAUGCUCUUUACUAAUGCAGAAGCUGAUGAUGAGCAAGCUAUUAAAGAACUUAAAUGCAAGGCUAUUAUGGAAAAACAAAAGAGGGGUUUUGAUGAGAAGGAUGUAGGGGUGCCUGAGGUUUGUAUCAAGAAGAAAAAAUAUUAA